CCCUCGGAGACUGCUGCCAUGAGGAUCACUGCGGAGUCUGUUCUCAGGAAACCAAGAGUCCAACCUUGGAGCGUGAGAAAAAAACAAAAAGAGCAAGACAAGCCCUACCGUCCAGUUCGCAGUUCACGACGUAUUCCACCGUCACACACGAGAUCAAGGGAUACGAUAACAUUCUCGGCUCCCAUCUUAGACAAGCUCUUCAACAGAAUGGAAAACUCCCCUGCACAUCCAAACGAGGUGGAUGAGACACGAGGAAGCGCGCCUCGCUCUCCGGUGCCAAGAUCAAAUCGUUCAACACCUACAGCGUCAGACCCGGAUCAUGAUCUCGCCUCAGUCGACCCUGAAGGCUACUCUCGAUCAUCGAUCACUUUUGUCGCUGGCGAGGAGCCGCUCUUGCACAAUACACCAUAUCGUGACAGGCCUGAAGACAGAGCGCUCCAAGUGAUCGAUGAAGAAGUGCAAUACAUCGAGUCGCUCGAUUCGGCUAUUAGACAAUGGUUUCCAGCGGCGCGCUUUGGCGCAUGCGCUCAAAGCAGAGUGCGCCAAGGGCUUUACCACGUCAAGCUUGAGGAUCUCAGGCACGUCAUCAUGGAUAGGAUCGACAAAGUUUACUGCGCUGAACGAGCCCGCAAGCCUCUUAAUAAAGUCCUAGACAUCGUACGCCUCGUACUUGAUGAGUGCGACAAAGGAGAUGAUGGCAACGACUUGUCCAUCACCAUCAAGGGCACAGUGUUCUGGAGCAAAUCGUUCCUGCUCCCACUCGGACCCGAAUUCGAUGCCCAAGACGAAAGCCAUCAGAACUUCACCGAUCCUCUCCUGGAAUGGAUGUUUGCCGAGGCAGGAACCUGGUUUUUGCACGGCCCUGAGUGUCGGUCCCCGGAAUUCCUUCCCCAGUACUUCGAGAGUUGCCGGACUCGAUCAGAGCUCGCCCACGAGCUGCAGCAGCACGCAAUCGACCAGCGAGAGCGGGUCAUUGCUUUUCUUCAGAGUCAGUGAGCAGCACUAAGCUUUGUGGGGUGCUUGCCCACUCCCAUCAUACGACACGUGUCUUGGUGAAGCGCGACUGCUAAGUGUCCACAUACAAAUUUUUACUCGUUGCAAUGUGUUGAACAACCUGUCGACGUUCAUUGCCAGCUUUCCUCACAUCGGAUAAAGGCACCAUCACCAUAUGAAUGACGGAAUGAGCAGUGGUUUCAACGCUUCUCAUCUUUUUAUUUGGUUGAAUGUGUUUUAACUUGGCUCAAGAUUGGUAUAAAUUGUCAUGGUUGCGUUAGUCAAAUUUCAGAUUCUAUCUCGACGUUUCUUUGUACGUAUACAUUAACAGGAUGCCGCCUCCAGAUGACGGCUCACAGUACGACCAUUUUUCCAGUUACGUUGAACAUAUGGUAGCUAGCUCUCUUUUUCUCGCAUUACUUUACCAACUUGCACAUCAUCGCCUCAAGAAGGUCGCUGCGUAAAUCAACAUUCAAAUGUUCGGAGAGGGAG